ACGCCUAGCGGUUCAACAAAUAACAUAAAUGGCAACCUACAUACCGUAGUGCUCUUCUCCGUUUUUUUAGAUAACGUUAUUUGUUCUGUCAUCUCUUCAGCAUUUUAAAAUAAUAAUAUAAACUCUCAAAUAAUGGAUCCCGAGGAUAAAAGCCCCGACUCGAAAUAUGGUGAACCAAGGAAGUUUGACCCCACUUUUAAAGGCCCUAUUUAUAACAGAGGCUGCACUGACAUCAUCUGCUGUAUUCUGUUUGCUCUGGCCAUUGUGGGAUACUUUGCAGUGGGAAUUCUGGCCUGGUCUCAUGGUGACCCUCGGAAGGUAAUCUACCCAACAGACAGCAGGGGUCAAUUCUGUGGACAGACACCCCCCCUGGAGAAGAAGCCGUUCUUGUUUUACUUCAACAUCAUGAAGUGUGCCAGCCCCUUAGUGCUUCUGGAGUUCCAGUGCCCAACCACACAGAUGUGUGUGGAGAAGUGUCCCAGUAAGUACAUGACCCUGAUACAAGCCAAAUCGAAAAAGGAAGACACGGAUUUCUACAAACCGUUCUGCAAGGAAGGGACAGACAUUUCUGGGCUGAGUAUUCCUGAACUCCUGAGGGACGGCUCGUGUCCAGCCAUGAUCAUCCCCAGCAAACCAUUCGCUCAAAGGUGUCUCCCCGCCCUCCUCUCAAAGAAGGGCCAAGUGUUCAUCGAGGGGAACACAACCUCCUUCAUGGAUGAAGAUGGGAAGAUGAUCAAUGCCACAGAUCUCCAGGAGGGGGCGACGAAGGCUAACAAACUUUUGGAAGCUCGGCAAGUGGCCAUGAAGAUCUUUGAGGAUUACACGCAGUCCUGGCACUGGAUUCUGCUCGGUCUGGUGAUAGCCAUGGUCGUCAGUCUCAUCUUCAUCGUCCUCCUUCGAUACCUGGCGGGAAUCAUGGUCUGGGUCAUGAUCGUCCUGGUCGUCCUGGUCAUUGGAUACGGGAUCUUCCACUGCACCAUGGAGUACGUCAGACUGAAGGGCCAGCCUGGAGCUGACGUCACCAUCAAGGACCUGGGGCUGCUGACUGACUUCUCCGUCUAUCUGCACAUUCGGCAAACAUGGCUGGCAUUCCUGAUCAUUCUGUGCAUUGUGGAGGUGAUCAUCAUUCUGCUGCUCAUCUUCCUCAGGAAAAGACUCCUCAUCGCUAUUGCUCUCAUUAAGGAGGCCAGCAGGACUAUUGGCCAUGUGAUGUCCUCACUGUUUUACCCUCUGUUGACCUUUGCCCUGUUGACCCUGGUCAUUGCAUACUGGGCCAUCACUGCAGUAUUCCUGUCCACCUCUAAUGAUCAGAUUUAUAAAGUGUUCAAUAAGACAGACUGUAACUAUACUAUGAAGACUUGUGAUCCCAAGACAUUCAACACGAGCAACAUCAUAAUGGAGUGUCCUGAUGCCGAGUGCCUGUUUGCCUUCUACGGAGGAGAGACCAAGUACCACAAGUACCUCAUCUUCCUGCAGUUCUACAACGUCUUCCUCUUCUUUUGGUGUGCCAACUUUGUCACCGCGCUGGGACAGGUCACUCUGGCGGGGGCCUUUGCCUCCUACUACUGGGCCUUCAAGAAGCCUGAGGACAUUCCUGCGAGUCCCAUUCUGUCCUCCCUGGGACGGGCCCUGAGGUACCACACAGGCUCCCUGGCUUUCGGGUCACUGAUCCUCUCCAUCGUGCAGGUGAUCAGGGUCGUGCUGGAGUACCUGGACAAAAAGCUCAAAGGAGCUCAGAACAAGUUUGCAAAGUUCCUGCUUACCUGUCUGAAGUGUUGUUUCUGGUGUCUGGAAAAAUUCAUCAAGUUCCUCAACAGGAACGCAUACAUCAUGGUGGCGAUAUAUGGUAAAAACUUCUGCACAUCUGCCAGGGAUGCCUUUUUCCUCCUGAUGAGGAACAUUAUCAGGGUGGCGGUUCUGGACAAGGUUACAGACUUUCUGCUGUUUCUGGGCAAGCUUAUGAUUGUUGGGAUUGUGGGAAUCUUCUCGUUCUUCUUCUUUUCCGGGAGGAUAAGGGCAAUUGAGGACCAUAUCCCCAUCCUCAACUAUUACUGGGUCCCUAUUCUGACUGUGGCGAUUGGCUCCUACCUCAUUGCUCAUGGCUUCUUCAGCGUGUAUGCCAUGUGUGUGGACACACUCUUCCUCUGUUUCUGCGAGGACUUGGAGAGGAACGACGGGUCCACCGAAAGGCCCUACUUCAUGAACCCGCGUCUCCAUGAGAUUCUCUGUGGGGACAAGGCAGUGGAGUGCAACGACGAACCAGACCUACAACCACUGCAAUCUCAACCACAACAGCUGGAAAACAUGGAUGAAAUUCAGCUGAAACAGCAGCCGUUGCAGAUGCAGGAGAACGAGGAGGAGAAAGCCCAGGAGGCCAUCUUGGAGACGACAGAAGGAGCACCGCUGGAGACACCUCAACAAACAGACAUAUCUCAGGAGAAACCGGUGGAGGUAGCGCAGGAGAAACCUGUCGACGAGCCUCAGGAGACAACAGUUGAGAUACCCCAGCAGUCAACAGCAGAGAAGACCAAGGAAUCACCUGUGGAUCUAGCUCAGGAGACACCAGUGGAAACAUCUCAGGAGUCAACCCAGGAGGAACCUUCAAAGAUGACAGAUGAGACACUCCAGGAAAAAAUGUAGUUGUAGGGCUACCAUAGGGACGACCGAUUAAUGAAGUUGAUAGAAAAGUAUUGUGGCAGUGCCAGGGAAAAAUCAUGGAUGGAGAGGUGUGGUGUGAAUUUGGUUAUCUUUUAGGGUAGCUUUAGGAGGCACUGUUUUUAUAUUGAGGACGUGUUAUGAGUUGUAGUUGUGAUGCAGAAUUAACCGUGUGCCUAACCUUUAUUGUCCAUUUUUAUUAUUGUAGUGAUCGUAUUUAAAACAAAUGCAACACCACUACUUCUAUUAAUGUUUACAGUUGAGAACUAACAACACUCAUUAUUGUCAGUUUACAUUGAUAACAGCAAAAGCCAAAUGGUGAAAAACUUUGAUACUGUAUGUAUAUGUGAUUUGUUACUUUGAAUGAUUUGUCUGUGUUGUAGCUCCUAUUGAAAGUGUUUUUUUAAUACAAUAUAGUACCACACCUACUUGUCUUUUGAUGUUGGAUACCGUUUAUUUUGUGUUUCCAUAGUGUGUGAACUUUGACUGUAAAUCCACAGGCCCUGUUGCCUGAGGUGCUGCCUAUACCUGCCUGCCUCUCACUCUCUCUCUCUCUCUGUAUUGCAUGCUCGUACUAAGGCCUUUCUUGCUCACUAUUAAAUCUGUCUUUGUAUAUCUUUCCUGUA